AUGCACACCAGAUUCGAAUCUGCCCUCCUCCUCCCCCUCCUCCUCCUCCUCCUCCUCCUCCUAACCACACCCCUCACCAUAACCGUCCUUGCGUCCACUUCCACCUCACCAUCGAUCUCCCCCCGCGGUGGCCCCCUCCAGCACGGCGAACCCGGCGAUUACACCUGCUUCCAGAGCGAAUGCAGCGAUCUCGCCUGCGCGCCUACGGGGGAAAAGUUGCAGUGCGUGAAGGCGAUGAUGCAGGGGUUUGAUAUGGAAUUCAACGGCGUGGUGAUGAAGUGCGACGGCGAUACGCAGGGUUUUCCUUAUCGCUCGUGCACUUGUACUCCCGAUCCGGUGAAUUGUGAUAGUACGACUAGUACUAGUGGUGGCAGUAGUAGUGAUAGUGGUGGUAGUGAUGGUAACAGUGGGACGAUCACGACCACUGGACCUAUUGUUUCAAGUCCUACGCCACCACCGUCGUCGUCGUCAUCGUCGUCGUCGACUGCAAUCUCAAACAAUCAGGAUUCUGGGGCUGGCGUUGGCAGUCUGCUUGACCCGAGCAACAUAUCCCACACGCCAGGGGUAAGCUUUUACUACUAG